GUAAGACCGCAGAGCUUCCAACGCUGGACUAACAGGCUCAUUCCCUCCGGCCAAGUUGGUUACGUUGUUCUCACAACUUCCGCUGGAAUUAUGGACCAGGAGGAAGCCAAGGAGAAGCGCGUUGGCGGCAAGGUCCUCGGAUUCUUUUACUAG